GAAGGGUCAUUAGAUUUAGACUCACUACCAUGUGAUUAUCAUAUUUAUAUUCAUGUCACCUUACCAUCGCCAUUAUCAUCAUCAUCAUUCGUAUCCAUUUAACACUUACAGUGACUGACUCUCUCCGGCGCAUUUUAGCAUCGUCUUCUACCUCCUUUCUCUCACUCUUGGACUGAUUUCAAUCUCACCGUUUUCUUUCUACCUCUGCAUUUCUACAAGUAUUUGCAGUCGGCCGGUGAGCACCCUCUUGCGGAAGUUGGGAGGGUUCUGUAAUAUUGAUAUGAGAGGGCGUCAGCACGACGCAUUUUCCACGUACAAGCGUGGACAAGCGAGGGACUAUUCCAAUGUUUAUGACGAAGAUGGAAGUUCUGUACGUUUAGUGAAUGGCAAAGAUAUUGGGAACCCUUCAUGGAGACGCUCUUUACCGCAUAUGCUUAUCGCUGCAAUUUCUUCUUUCUUGUUUGGAUACCAUCUCGGAGUGGUCAAUGAGACACUAGAGAGUAUAUCUGUGGAUCUUGGCUUCAGUGGGAAUACUUUAGCUGAAGGUCUAGUGGUAAGUACAUGUUUAGGAGGUGCUUUUGUUGGAUCUCUAUUUAGUGGAUGGCUUGCGGAUGGAGUUGGCCGUCGAAGGGCAUUUCAACUCUGUGCAUUGCCAAUGAUAAUUGGUUCAUCAGUGAGUGCAACAACUAAAGGUCUGUGGGGUAUGCUCCUUGGGAGGUUAUUAGUUGGAGCUGGAAUGGGCAUUGGUCCAGCUGUUGUCGCUCUCUAUGUAGCAGAAAUUUCGCCAGCCUUUAUAAGGGGUAGGUACAGUUGCUUCACACAAAUUGCAACAUGUCUUGGAAUUAUGGGGGCACUUUUUAUCGGACUCCCAGCCAAGGAAAGAGGGGGUUGGUGGCGGGUUUGUUUUUGGGUGUCUGCUGUGCCUGCUGCAACACUUGCUGUUCUCAUGGAGUUCUGUGCAGAGAGCCCUCAUUGGCUUUUCAAGAAAGGAAGAGGUACUGAAGCUGAAGCUGAAUUAGAAAGGCUUUUAGGAGGAUUAUAUGUUAAAUCUGCAAUGGCAGAAUUGUCCAAGUCUGAUAGAGGGGAGGAAUCAGAUUCAGUUAAAUUCUCAGAGCUACUCUAUGGUCGUCAUUUCAAAGUGGUUUUCAUGGGGUCUACCCUUUUUGCUUUGCAACAGCUAUCUGGCAUAAACGCUGUAUUCUAUUUCUCUUCAACUGUAUUUAAGAGCUUUGGGGUACCAUCGGAGUCUGCAAACAUAUGUGUAGGAAUCGCAAAUUUUUUGGGAUCAGUUAUUGCGAUGAUAUUGAUGGAUAAACUUGGAAGAAAGGUGCUUCUUCUCGGGAGUUUUUCUGGCAUGGUAGUGUCAUUGAUCCUUCAAGUGAUUGCAGCAAAUUCUUUAGCAUCAGGAUCUGGGGCAUUGUAUCUAUCUGUUGGUGGCAUGCUUCUAUUCGUCUUCAUGUUUUCCCUCGGCGCUGGUCCAGUCCCCAGUCUCCUCCUUUCUGAAAUAUUCCCAGGUCGGAUCAGGGCUAAGGCUAUGGCAAUUUGCAUGGCUGUGCAUUGGGUGAUAAAUUUCUUUGUUGGUCUCUUGUUCUUACGGUUGCUGGAGCAGAUUGGGGCACAAUUUCUGUAUUCAGUCUUUGCCACCUUUUGUUUUGUGGCAGUGAUUUUUGUGAAGAGAAAUGUGGUGGAAACAAAAGGGAAAACGCUCCAAGAAAUCGAAAUAGCACUUAUUCCACCGGAGUAAAAGGCUCAUUUUGCAAUUCUAUAGGCGAUUUACACAAGUUUCUUAUUGAUUUAUGGUAAAAUACGAUAUUAAACCUUAAAUUUACAUUUGUUCUGCCAGAUCAGUUGUAAUUCCCAACACGAAGUUCUCUUUGGAGAAUUUAGAACAAACGAUCAUCAUGCUCACACUGGAAGGCCUAUGUAUAUUGUUAUUUGUUGGAGCUGUUUUUUUUACUGA